AUGGCUCCAAAAGUUGCAAUUAUCAUCUACUCCAUGUACGGACACAUCGCUACCUUAGCUGAAGCUGAAAAGAAGGGUAUUGAAUCAGCUGGUGGUGAAGCUACUAUUUUCCAAGUUCCAGAAACUUUGCCAGAAGGUGUUUUGCAAGCUAUGCAUGCCGCACCAAAGCCAGACUAUGCAGUUGCCACUAAUGCCACAUUAGAAGAAUACGACGCAUUCCUCUUCGGUAUUCCUACCAGAUUCGGUAACAUGCCUGCUCAAUUCAAGGCUUUCUGGGAUGCCACUGGUGGUCUUUGGGCCAAGGGUGCUUUACACGGUAAGAUUGCUGGUAUUUUCGUUUCUACUGGUACCCCAGGUGGUGGUCAAGAAACUACCGUCGUUAACUCAUUAUCCGUAUUAAUCCACCACGGUAUCAUUUUCGUUCCAUUGGGUUACGGUACUGCUUUCCCAUUGUUAACCACCUUUGACGAAGUUCACGGUGGCUCUCCAUAUGGUGCUGGUACCUUCGCAGGUCCAGAUGGUUCAAGACAACCAAACAAGACUGAAUUGGCCAUUGCUGAAACUCAGGGUAAGGUCUUUUGGGAAACCGUUUCAAAAUAA